AGGCGUAGAGUCGUGUCUGAUACAUUAGUUGCUAACGUACGCGCAAAAAUAUUCUCUGAGUUCCUAAACUACAGUAUUUUACGAAGAGUAAUACGUGCCUAUAAAAUGACUGAAAACGAACCAUUAAACGAACAUGAUACUUGUAAUGGACAAAUUUUACCAACAAAUAAAAUUAAUGGUUUUAAAUUAUGUACAAAUCAAGAACAAGAACAAAUAAAUGAAAAAGAUCAAUUUACGGAUCAUAUCGAAGCGCCUUGUUGUCGUGAUAUACAUGGCAAGGAACCUCCAGAUGGUGGUAUACGAGCUUGGCUUGUUAUGCUUAGCGCUUUCCUUUGCAAUGGUGUCAUUUUUGGAAUAAUAAAUACAUAUGGUUCUAUCCAUGCAUUACUUACAGAUCGUCUAACAGAACAGGGCGAUAAAGAUGCAUCAAGUAAAGCUGCGCUUGUUGGAUCUUUGACUAUUGGUACAACAUUUUUGUUUUCGCCUAUAGCUGGAUGUCUAACAGAUAAAAUUGGUCUGCGAUUAACAACUUUGAUAGGAGGUUUGUUAUCGACAGGAGGACUACUUAUAUCUUCAUUUUGUACCCAAAACAUAAGCACCUUAUACAUAUCGUAUGGAAUAAUGUUUGGAUUUGGUGCUGCGUUGGCAUACACACCUACUUUGGCUAUUUUAGGUCAUUAUUUCAAGCGAUACUUAGGAAAAGUGAAUGGUUUUGUUACAGCAGGAUCAAGCGUUUUUACAAUAAUACUUCCACCAGCAAUGGAUUAUUUAUUAGAAGGGCACGGCUUGGAAAUGACACUGCAAGUAAUGAGUUUAUUAUCUUGUUUCGUUAUUGUGUGUUCUUUCGUAUAUAAGCCUUUGCAUCCUCCACCGGAGCCUCCAAAACGAAAGCCUGGUCGUUCACGUGUAAGUCUUAUGUUACAUUCUGUGAUAAAUGUAAAAAUUUGGAAGAGUAAGAAGUACGUUAUAUGGGCGUUAUGUGUGCCAUUAGCACUUUUUGGUUACUUUGUACCAUAUGUUCAUAUGAUGAAAUUUGUGAAAAGUGUUUUCCCUGGAAAGAACGAAAAUUUACCUGUAAUGUGUAUAGGCAUAACUUCGGGAAUUGGCAGGUUAAUAUUUGGCGUAAUAGCUGAUUUGCCAGGAGUAAAUCGCAUCUAUUUACAACAGUUGUCACUUGUUUGCAUCGGUACAAUUACAAUGUUGCUUCCACUAGCAAGCUCUUAUUUAAUACUGAUAGUUUUUAUUUUAAUGAUGGGAUUAUUUGAUGGAUGUUUUAUUUCCUUACUGGGGCCGAUAGCAUACCAAAUAUGUGGACCGUCUGGCGCUACGCAAGCUAUUGGAUUUUUGUUGGGUUUAAGCUCACUGCCGUUAACUAUUGGUCCUCCAAUUGCUGGAAAAAUCUACGACACUACUGGUUCAUAUAGCAUUCCAUUUACAAUUGCUGGUAUACCUCCUUUAAUUGGCGCAGGAAUGUUGUUUCUGAUUCGAUUUGUACGAGAUGAGCAGGACAGUAAAAAUAUUCUAAGAAUACAAAAAAAUGAUAUAGAGGAUAUAAUUGAUGUGCAAGAAAACAGCUGGAAUAAAAGUGAAUCCAAGCUUCAAGAAUGCCUUAUGAAUGAACAUGGCGUCAACAUUGAUUCUGCUAAUGGAAAAGUAUUAUCUUCGAAUGGCAAGAUACGUUCAGACGGUCCAGAAUCAAUAAAUGAUGACCGGGAGUCGUAGUCGCUUAAAAUUCUGGCACAUGUACUACAUUGUAAUUAAAAUCUUUGUUUGGUCUACCAUUAAAUUAUAUAUAUAAAUUUUUAUUAAUUUUAA